UCCCUUCCUCCUCUCUUUUCCCCACCGCCCCCUUUCUUGGCGUCUACCCGGCGCGACCAGGACCGAAUCCUAAGGCCGCCGGCCGCCGCCGCCGCCGCCUGCUCCCGUUGGACACGGUAAAACCUCCUCCCUCCUCGUCCGUGUCGCCGGGGUCCGGGGUCCAAGCGGCUGCGCGCGCGGUCUCGCCGCCGGCGCCGAUCUGGGCGCCGCCGGCGUUGACCCUGUCCGAUUCGCCCCGGGCUGCGAGACCUCUGCCUCCCUGACCGGUUACUCGGAACUUCUACUCGCCUGUGGGAUCCUCCAGCGGAUCAGAUGAGCACAUCGACUUGAGCACCACGCUUUUUGGUUGGAAGGCGAAUCGUAGAGCUUUCCUGGGUUUCUCUGAGGGCUCUUCUCAGAUGUGGCGUCCUCCAGAGUCUACCACAUACUGUUUGAGGAGUCCUGGUUCUUUUCGGAAUCCGGACUAACCAAGGGCUCCUACUGUGCACGACUGCUUGACAGGAUAUUUCGGAUUAUUAUUAUGUGCGUGCGAGCGCGCGUGUGCGCCUUCUAGAGGCAUGAUUCUUAAAUCAGAGCCUUCGUGUUUAAAUCCGAGUUUGCCUUCGUGUUGAACUAUGAGUGAAUUUCAUUUUCUGCGGGAGUUGAAGUCGAUUUAGAUCAGGACAGUGUUUCUUGCGAUCUGAUUAAGCCUUUUUUUUUCUUGCUAUUGUGAUUUCUUUUUUCAGAGUUUGGAGUAAAGAAACCAACCCUGCAUCUGUAUUCUGUCUGUCUGUGCUGCUUCGAAUAAGCCUUGCAUCUCGCUGACUUGGGAUAUAACUAUGCCGAAGGACAGGAGCUCCCGCGUUUCCUCUUAUGAGAGCCGCCGGGCUGGUGCCUCCCCAUACUUCUCAUCGUCUCAUGGACAGAGCAGUUCUUGUCGCCGGUCCGAGGAGUCUUGUGGGGCAGCAGCGGCGGCAGCAGCAAAGCAAGCUGCAGAGUGGGAGGAUGUUCGGUGCCCGGUGUGCAUGGACCACCCGCACAACGCCGUCCUGCUGGUCUGCUCCUCACACGAGAAGGGCUGCCGCCCCUUCAUGUGCGACACCAGCUCGCGGCACUCGAACUGCUAUGACCAGUACCGGAAGGCCUCCAAGGAUUCAAGGACAGAGUGCAGCGAGUGCCAGCAGCAGGUUCAGCUCUCGUGCCCACUGUGCCGUGGGCCGGUCAGCGAUUGCAUCAAGGACUACAGCGCGCGGAGGUUCAUGAACACCAAGGUCCGGUCGUGCACCACGGAGUCGUGCGAGUUCAGGGGCGCCUACCAGGAGCUGAGGAAGCAUGCUAGGGUGGAGCAUCCAACAGGAAGGCCAAUGGAGGUAGACCCUGAGCGGCAGCGGGACUGGCGCCGGAUGGAGCAGCAACGGGACCUUGGAGACUUGAUGAGCAUGCUGCGUUCAGGGUUCAACAGCAAUAUUGAGGACGACAGUGGCGGGCUUGGAGACACCGAAGAAGGGGGAGAGGAAGCUGAAAUGACUCCGGCCUCCAUAACCAUGGUCUUCAUCAUGCCAUCUAGAGGCUCAAUCAUGCAGUACCUAUCGGAACGCAGCAGAACGAUCAUUCUGGUCAGUCGGAGGCGAGCAAGCAGCAGCAGCGGUGGCGACGCUGAAGCCACUGCUCCAGACAGCGAGGAAGGUGAUGACCCUAUGCCAUCGGCAGAGGCAUCUGCUGGUUCACAGCAUUCUUCCGAACAAGAGGAGGCUGACGGUGACCCUGCCCAAUGACGUAAGUCAGCUGGCAAGAGGUGUGCCAUGGCAUCUUCUUAGCCUGAAGAUCCCGACCAACAUGGCAACAUGGUAUGUGGCGAAGAAAAACAUGGAUGCAGGUGCCACCAAGGCGUAGCCAGGACAAUCUGUCUACGCAGGAAAAUCGAGGGGAAUCAGCAUCGCGCGAAGGCUUCAGAAACGUGGUGGCCUCUAGUACCAAUUCUAAUGUUUCCGCGGGGUUCUGUGGCAAUGGAGAGAGAGAAACAAUUGGGUGGUAGCUAUCUUGUCUGAAUGGAUUUCAUUUUCCUUGCAUUGUAAUUCUCUAAUAUAUAUUAUCAUAUGAAAUAGAUUCGGCCGUAUUUGCACUGCGU